AUGCAAGAUAGUUAAAAGUUGAAAGACUUACAAAUUCAAUUGAAUAAAUUCAUUUGCAGAUUGGAAGAACUUGAAAGAGAGAAUAAAUACUUAAAGGAACAAUUAUUAAAUCAAUAAUGUUAAUUGAUGUAAAAUGUAAAAAUUAUUGAUAACAAAUAUUAAUAAAUGCAUCGUAAGUAAACCUUAAAAUUAUUCUUAAAGAUAUCUAAAGUGUUUAUACAAAUAUGGCAUAUAAUAAAGUUGUCUAACUAGUAUGAUUUAGUAAUAUAAUAAAUUAAAUGGAAUUGAAAAAAUGGAUUUGAAACAAUGUAUUGAGAGAUUUGGAGUCAUUUAUGAAAAGGAUAAGAUUAUUAAUGAAGAAGAGAUGAAAUACAUUAUAAAAGAAAGAAUUUCAAAGGAUAGCGAAGAAAUAUAUACUCUAUUCUUUCCAACAAAAAUUAUUAGAAAUGAAUGCUUGAGUGAAAAUGAUUCAUUGUAAAUAUAUUAUUUAUAGUUUAGAUCAAAUACAUGUACAUUCUAAUCUUAACGUUGUAAAAUUUAAUCUUCUUUGUAGACCAAUUCUGAUAUAAAUACAGAUAGUUUAGAGGAAACAAUAAUUAAUAAUUUAACUACAUAGAGGUAUUUGGAAAAGUUAUAAUUUGAUUAUCAAAAUGAUUAUACUUUGCAUUAUCCCAAAGCUUUCAAAGUAGAACAGUUACUCUAAUAAUCUAAUCGAGACAAUCAAAUUUUGACGGAUAGAUCAUUAAAGAAGAAAUAGGAACGAAAAGGAGGGUGUAAGGGUGAAUAGAAUCAUAGUUCAAGAAUUGAUGGGAAAGUAUCACCAUUAAAAUAAUUAAAUUCCUCAAUUAAUGAAGAUAGGAUGCGAAGAUUUGAUACUCAUUAAGAAAAUGAUAUAUCACAAAAUAGGAGAAGAUCAAGAGCAGAAAGAUUAAAGUCUUAACAUUAAUGA